AUGGUUCGAGAAGCUGUCCUGGUGGAGGGCAAGGCGGCAGCUAGCGGGGCAGCAUCCGCUGGCGUGGCCGAGUCGCAAGUAGCAUCCGCUAGCGCCCCUGUGCUGGCCGAGUCUCAGGUGACCGGCUCGGGCACUGCCGCUGCUGGCACCGCGGCUAGUGCACCCGCUCUUUGCCGUCGACACCAUAAGGAGACCUUGUCCACGGAUAAAUUCGCGGCCUAUGCGAAGUUGGACAACAAUAUUGGACGUCUUCAGUCCAAGUUAAACAAAGUGAUCUCGCUCAACAUGAACUCUGUCCUGACUUCCCCGAUCAGCUCCAACUUGGGCGUCUACAAUGUCGUCAAGAACGCUACCUACCUCAUGCCGAAUCCCAACAAGUCCGAACUACAGCAGAGUGCAAAGAAAUUGGCCCAGUUGACAAUGAUCUCAGAGCUGUUCAAAUCCUUGAAAAUGUUUGCGGUUGUGGGAACUGGACCAUGUAAUGGAGACGGGCCCAAUGGAGCGUUAUCGGAGAAUGACGUAGUAUCAUACUGCAGUGAUGAAGGAGUCUUGAUGAACAUCGUCCGAGCCGACGGCGACAAGAUUAACAAGAAGAUCCCAAACGGGAACCUGCUAUCGCAAAAGUACGGAUUUGAGACCAAGUAUCUGAUUUCCACGGCUUGGAGCUGUCAAGAGAAAUGCCAAGCUCAUCUCAAGUCUACCCACCAACGGUCCUUCACAUCCAACCAACUCGACGACUACCAUCGCAAGAAACUCUUCUGCAAGCUCCCCACCAUGACAUCCCUUUUGUUCCUUUUUCUGCUCAUCGGGCAGUAUGUUGCAAUGGACAUUCCUAAGCAUUCAGCAGGUUUGGGCCCGACGGAGUAUUCACGCCCGGCUCCCUAUCGAAAUGUGAAUCCCGGAGUUCCAUUUCGUGCAGCAGACAGGCUCCAGCUAGAAUCCGCCGAAGCACAUGAAGAUUCCACCCUUUCAUUGUCUGAAGGUCAUAGCAUCGAGAUUGUACCAGGCCAAGAACCGCCCAGCAAUAUCGUACAGGCUGACAAAGAGUCAGGAGUGGCAUCUUACAAUAGAUUGGCUGUAGAGCAGGCGCAUUUGAAUCCAACGGUUUUCAAGCAGAAUCAGCGAACACACACCAUAGCAUUGCCUUACAGCACAGGUAUCCAAACCAGAAGUCGUGAUCUCGAUCCAGAUACUGCUUGUUGUAUGUGUGAAAUCUGCUGCCUCCUUCUGGUACUUGGCGUAUGCGUCGCCGUCUUGAUUUGGUGGUUUAGAACACAUUCUGCGGACUCGGGUGGCAAUAAUUUUUUCUUCAUGGGAGGAAACACAUACAAUUGUUACCGCAAGAACUGUCCUCCUCGAACCACGUGGGGACCUGGUGGCCGUGGUGGGGGGCGUCGCCGGGGUAAACAUGGUUAG